GUGUCACGUGACUCGAUCACGAGGACCCGAUAUGCGGAAAAGACUCGGGUGCUCAGGAUCUGUCAACAAACCCCGAACCUAAAGGGGAUUUAGAAGAUAAUUAUCCGCUUACCGUCGCUAUAACACGGUUUUAUUCUCAGAUAAACAGCUGCUUAAGGGUCAGCCUGCUGCAGGGAAGACAAAAUGUCAUCGGAAGAGUUUGAAAAGUUGCACGAGAUCUACAACUCGCUGUACGAGGAGCUCCGGCUCCUGCCGGAUAAAGCACAGCGAUGCCAGGGAGAAGAGAGAAAGAGGUUGCAGAGAUCAUUCGAUGAAAGGCACGGAGAGGCCGAAGAAGUGCUGCAAGGCAUGGACGCGGAGCUGCGGACAGCCCCGGCCGCCUACAGGAGCGCCAUGUCCACCAAGCUGCGGCUCCACCGCCGAGACCUUGGCAAGCUGCAGAGAGAGAUGGCCAGCUCGGAACUAGGCAUCGGCUCUUCCGCUCGACCGACGGAAGGCGGUCACCAGGGCAUCUAUUCCUCGCAGAAUCAGCAAAGCACCUACCUCCAGGCCCAGCGCUCUCUGCUCCUCCAGGGCCAAGAGUCUCUGAGCAGCGCCACCCAGAGCAUCGAGCGCAGCCAGCGCAUCGCCACGGAGACGGACCACAUCGGCACGGAGAUCAUUGAGGAGCUGGGGGGGCAGCGGGAGCAGCUGGAGCGGAGCCGGAACCGGUUGGUCAACACCGGUGAACAUCUCAGUAAAAGCCGGAAGAUUCUCCGCGCCAUGUCCCGGAGGCUGAUGACCAAUAAGCUGCUGCUAGCCGUCAUCAUCCUGAUGGAGUUGGGCGUCCUUGGAGCUGUGGUCUAUCUUAAGUUCUUCAGGUAAGAGGAGCAGCAGGUGGAGGAGGAGGAGCAGGUGGAGGAGGAGGAGGAGCAGGUGGAGGAGGAGGAGGAACAGAUGGAUGAGGAAGCAGCUCCAGGGGACCGCAGCCUGUCUCUCCUCCUCCCUGUCCUGACUCCUCACCGCUGACCCCUCCUCCACCUCAGUUGAACGUAGAGACUGAUGGACGAGGUUGAAGGUGGACUCUGGCCGAACGGAACUGUCCUCUAGGAGGAGGUUCUCUAUUCCUUCCUCUGCUCCUUGUGGACCACUAGUUUUAGAAUUAUUGUUACGGACACUGUUGUUGAAACUGGACCAAACCAAAAGCACACUUGGGGACACUAAAGGAAACCGGAUGAGAUGACCUGUUUCAUCUGGACUUGGCGGUUCUGUGCCUCUUAAGCUGAAAUGUGUUUGGGCUCACACAUCCAGAGCAAACACCAGCCCCACGGUUUCACUUUCAGCCGUUUUUGGUGCAGAGAGGUUUAUGAUGCGUCUGGAUGCUGCCUCUCUGUCGGCACGUUGCUGCUGGACUGACUCCAUGGGAGUCGGCAGGAGGACUCCAUUAGUCCUGGGUAAUGUGAUCCAGGUGAAGAUAACAUUUUAAUGUGAACAAAUACUAAUAAUAAUAUUCUUGUAAAAAUGACAAAACACAUUGCGUUUCUAUGGUUGCUGUUACUGCCAUAACGGCUGUGUCGCAUGAAAGUGUAAAAAGAAAAAAAACAGUUUGGUUUUCUUUCUGUUGUCUUCGGUGUAGUAUUAAAGCUAACGGUCACCACUAUCAGAGCUAACUAUAAACGGUUGUUUUGCUUCAUUUACAUCAAUGCCAUAAAAAUAAACUCUUAUCAGCUCGGGUCAGCGGAAGUUUUUCAAGCCAAGGCCGUAAAAACACUUGAGUACCGCGUCUGGCACAAGCAACUGGAGUUCACAGGAAGUAGGCGUGGCCACAGGCCUCAUGGUCCUGAUAGGUUGAGCCUUUCUGCCUCUUCAUCUGGCGAAUCACGUCACGCCAGUGUGGAGCCCAGGAAAAAAACAUGUUUUGCUGGUCGCCGUUGCCAGGUGGAAAACUGUAAUCGGUAUGCAGUCAUUCAUGACUAUCCGGGUUAAUGGCUAAAUCUACUUACAAUCAUUUAGUGAAUGUACCUUGAGUGUUUAGAUAAAUUGUGCUAUAUAUUUAAUGGUAUUAAGUUAUGUCUGAAGUACAGAUUGUCUCUGUUGUUUGUUUACUAUGUACAGUAUAAACAAGUGUAUACAUAUAUUUAUAUUGUUUACUUUAAUACAUACUAUAUGCAUAAAAGCAAAUUGUCCAUGUCAAUUGUGAUACAAGGCAUGGAGAAAGAAUUGGAGAAGGAAUUACAUUAGUGUCUUUAUUUUCCAUUCAAUGGUCAUAUCCAUAAGCUACUCCAUUAGUUUAACUAAUCAUCCAUAAUUAAACAAGAGAAAUAACAGAUUUUAGUGGUCAAACCAUUUGUUGUUAAUACUACCAGUAAACACUCCCUACGAACAUCGUAUACGAACACACAGGUUCAUUCUCAAAAUACAAAAGUAGUUUGUAAAUAGUACAUCAGUAGAAACUAAAGUAAAUACGGUCGCCACAGGGGGUCCAGCUGUGCACUUCAUUAAAGUCAAACUGGCACAGCCAAAAAGUACACGUUCAUUGUCCCUUUCCCUUCCAGAAAUACAGUUGGAGAACUUAAUUCACCAUCUGAGCCUUCUUGAAAGGGGUUCACUACUUUCCUUUAAAUCCAACACAUGAACACACACCUAAAUAACUUAAGUACGGAUGUGAGGGUGGCAACCAAGUCCGGUACCGCGUUUCUACGUGAGAAACGGGGCACGAUUCAGCCUUCGCUGCCGAGUUCCAACGAGCAGACGCAAAAACACUCUUAAAGAGGAGGAAAAUAACAAAAAUCAAAAACGCAAAGUGAGACCCCGACAAAAACGUCCAACCCUAAGUCGGCGCCAAU